CAGGCUCGUACGCCGCAGUUCAUUCUUCUUUCUCGUCGCGAUCGACAAGUCGUUGACGAGCUUUGCGUCAGCUUUGGCCCAGCCGAAAAGCACACGGACAGCCGAGAACGGGACGUAACACCAGCAACCAGAGAAUUUCCCGUCAGUCGUACCAUUUCACGACACCAUUCGGUAGCUUCUCUCGAUUCGGUGGGAUCUCGCGAGGACCUAGCCUAAAGUAAAGGGACCGAGGAAGUAUCAGCGGAAUCACAAACAUGAGAACAUUAUGGCUGCUAGUGCUCCUUGCAUGCGUCGCAGUAGACGCUCAACGUCGACUUGCACUUCCUGAUCCACGCAGUUGCGCCAAUCGGGUACGGCAUGCCACAUACAGAGAUGCCAGAGGUGUUGCACACUCAUACUUCUUCAGUUGGGAACAUCAACCGACUAGAAGCCUGGAGGUUGACUGGCUCGAUGCUCGUAACAUUUGCAGAAGGCAUUGCAUGGACGCAGUCUCUCUCGAAACUCCACAAGAGAACGAGUUCAUUAAGCAGAGAGUUGUUCGAGGAAACGUGAGGUACAUUUGGACGUCCGGACGUAAAUGUAAUUUCAAUGGUUGCGACAGGCAGGAUCUUCUGCCGCAAAAUGUUAAUGGGUGGUUCUGGUCUGGUUCGGGAGCCAAAAUUGGCCCCACUACGCAACGUAACUCUGGUGAUUGGAGUCACACCGGUGGAUACGGUCAGCCGCAACCUGACAACCGUGAGGCAGCUCAGGGUAACGAUGAGUCCUGCUUGUCAAUUCUGAACAAUUUCUACAACGAUGGAACGAAAUGGCACGACGUGGCUUGCCACCACCGAAAACCGUUUGUCUGUGAGGACAGCGACGAGCUUCUCAACUUCGUGCUUUCCAGAAAUCCCGGCAUUCGCCUUUAAAAUUCGCGCAGCAGCUUCUGUUGUUUCUUGAACGUUCAACGUCUGGAAGCAUUCGAUCGUAAAAACUUUUCCAGCAAAACUUUCUGUAUCAUAGUAUCAUGUUUGGAAUAAAUUCGCUCUGUUUCUUCGUUUUUUGUAAACUAAAUUCGAAUAAGUACUUAUUAAAGAAAAUUCAGCGUCACGUCAGACGAUGAACAAUCAAGAAUUGUGUUAGAUUCUUUAGCUGGUAGAAGCUGUCUAUCUAACUGUAACUUUUGUACCCUUUUCUAUAGAAAAUAAAAAGCAUUUUUCAAUAAA